AUGGAUGAUGAAGAAAUUGGAGAGGGAGAAUUUGUUGUGGAGGCAAUCCUUGGAGAGCGUUACAAUAAGAGGAAGAAAAUGAAGGAGUAUCUACUGAAAUGGAAGGGAUAUAGUGAUGCGGAGAAUACGUGGGAGCCUGAAACUAACUUGGAUUGCGAUGAAUUAAUUGCUGAAUUUCAUGCUCAGCAAAAUACUACGUCACAAAUUUCUGUAGCUUCUCGACCUGGCUCCACUUCUUCAAACAUUUCCUUGAAGCGUCCAGCUUCUGAAGACUUGUCCGAGAGUGAAUAUUGUGUUUAUUCAAGUGAAAGUGAAGACGAUGAAGAAAAUCGACAACGAAGAAUGCGUCCGCCUCCUGGUGAAAGUGGAAUGGAAAAAGGUUGGGUGCCAGAAGUAAUCGUCGCAGCUUGCCAACCAGAAGACAAUUUUCCGCUUACGUAUAUUGUUAAAUAUAGGCAUAAGAAAAAGUUUGAAAGGGUGCCAAGUUCAGUGUGUAUAAAGUAUUGGCCACAGUUUCCUCUGUACCAAAACGUAACUGCUUCGUUUAAAGCCAGGACAUAUGUAGGUAAUACCUUGUGCCUUAUGUUUGCAAUGAUGGAUGUAUCAAAGGAACUUCAAUCAUCAAGUGCAUCAUUCGAACUAAAAGGAGUGGUUGUUAAGUUGGAAAAUCACUGGCUUACGAUUUCUGUAAUUUUACCAGAGAUCAAAUUAAAGAAUGAUACUUUAUCAGAGGUCCUAAAAUUGGGUUCAUGGGUAAUUUUACAUGUUGCUGGACAAAAUGUUUAUGAGAUUGUGCGACAGUGCAGUGAAGUGCUACCCACAUAUGUUUAUAAGGAUUUCGUUUUUCUUAAAACGAAUAUAUCUUUUCAAGAGAGAGAAGAAGAGGGAUAUGGUUGCUGGGUUUGGUCACGAGAAUUGGGAAAAAUUGCUGCUGUCUGUCACGAAAAAUAUGUGCCACACCAAAAUUACGUAGUGUUAGUAUCGAGAAAACCGACGAAGUAUCAGUUUGUUGUUGAAUACAACUGGAUGCUGACAAAAUAUAUUGAAGAACCUAGUCUCAACGUUUAUUUCGAUGUCGUUUUCCAAAAAUAUAGAAUUUGCAGUGGACAAAAAGAUCCUUUCAACAAGGAGCAUGAAAUUGAUUGCAGUAAUAGCGGAGAUAAUUAUUCUGAGAGUAGUGUGGAUGACGAACAUUUUUUUUUCGACGAUUCAGAAGAAAAAAAUUACAAAAAUUCCACCACCAACAAUAUUUACGCUGUUAUAACGAAAGUGGUGUCAAAUCCAAACAUCAGAGUAGUUAUGCAGAAAUAUCGGCCUAAGGAAUUCCUAAGUAUGUGUGAAGCUCUUAGUCUAAAGUUCGCUUUGACCGACAUUGUCCAGUGA